AGGAGCAUGUGGGUCCGGUGACGGAGUGCCAGGUGCAGAAUGGCCGAGCGACCGUACGGUUUGAGUGUGAAGAUUUGGCCCGGAAGGCGAUCCAAAGCUUUGAUGGGGGAUUGGUGGAGAGUGUCAAGGACACGGGAGAAUUCCUCCUCUACCAGCGUGAGAACCUCCGGAGUUGCCUGGAGGAGCAUGUGGGCCCGCUGACGAAGUGUCAGCUGCGCAAGGGUGAUGGAUGGGCCACUGUUUUCACCUCAGAAACAUUCUCGCAGUUGAAGAAAACACAGCAGAACGGUGGAGCCUCAGUGGAGUCGAAGGCGUACUUCAUCAACGUCUCCAGGGAGGUUUCCGUGCCGUCGAAGACGCCGACGGCAUCCUCGCCGUCGGCCUCGCCGUUCCCGGUACCGCCUGGACUGGAGACGGACAACGCCUGAGCCGUGGAUGGAAGCUGAGCUGACAUAUCGGGUAAUUGGCGGCUGACCGAAAAGAUUCGGAAGCCCAACAAGUCAGUUGUGAACAACUGAUUGUGAAGGAUAGCAAUUUGUAGUUCAAAGUGUCGAAAGAAGGGCAAACUUCUGGUGCCCUGGCCGAAAUGGCUGGCAGAAUGUGAUUAUGUUCCGAAUUUUGUACAGCAAUGUCAAAGACCUUGAAAGUAGAGGCCGACG